AUGGCUGCAGAACCGGCGGCACCGGCGGCAUCCAGUCCCUCCCCUCAACCCGACUACACUCGGAACCGGCUGCCCACCCUUUUCGAGGUUCUUAGUCGGCGCACCCUCCCGCCAGUCGACCUAUUCUCGUUCUACAUUUACAUGCGGGACCAACAGCGCUCCGUUGACUACCUCGACUUUUGGCUCGAUGUUGCCCAGCAUAUGUCCCUCUGCCGUCACUAUGUGCGUGAGCUUCGCCGGUCUGUCCUGGUGGGAACGCCCGACCUAGACAGAACUUCUAAGCGAUCAUCCGGCAUCUUGGAGGGACUUGGCGACCUCAGCCACGGUGUCCCGGGCCCUUCGAUGUAUGCGACGGAGAAGGAAAAGGAUCAGGACGCGCAGAUGUCGGCCUUCUUGCGUGAGGACAGGGAGUAUCAUGACUCGCCCGCCAGCAGCGAUGUGCGACAAAAUCGGCCCAGCACGAAUGUCAGCACCCCUCGCGAGUUCAACACCGAUUCCAACUCUCCUCCGCACACGGUUGCCCGACAGGAUAUCCGAGCCUCUGCCGAGAAGAUUCUCUACACAUUUCUUCUUCCGGGCGCUGAACGCGAAAUCACCCUGCCAGGCUCCAUCACUCAGGAUGUGACGACAGCAAUCGAGCAGUUUGGCCGAGAUGACCCAGAGGUUUUCGAUGUCGCGAAGGAUUACGUCUUCCAGGCGAUGGAGCGCGAUGCUUUCCCGGGGUUUCUGAGGAUGAAGGCGCUUGGCAACCUGAUCCCCCCAACCCUGAUCCUGCGCCUCAUUCUUGGGCUUGUGUCGAUGUUUGGUGGUUUCUGGGCUGCAUUCAUCUUGAUCUUCCUCGACGAGUCUCGGUUGGUACGACUCUGGCUCAUUCUUCCCUUCACCAUCGGCGUAUACUGUCUCGCCUCGUAUCAGUAUUCUCUCGACCCCAUCCUCGCCCUUGUUGGCUUCAGCGAGUACACCCCGUUCAACUUUGCUCGGGUGCGAGAACCUUACGUUCGCAAGCUUCUUGCACGCCGCGCAAUCAUGGUACUCACUGUUACGGUCCUCAUCGAUGCCGCACUUUGUGUGCUCUUCAUUCUGGUUCCAGGCAAACGACUCUGA